AUGCGUGUCAAUACAAAGGAUAAAUGUUCAAAUCAGAAAGACAUCGAAAAUUUAACUAAAAUUAAAGGAAAUAGUACAUGUGCUGAUUGUGGAGCAAAAUGUCCAAGAUGGGCUAGUAUAAAUUUAGGAAUAAUAAUUUGUAUAGAAUGCUCAGGAAUACAUAGAAAUUUAGGAGUUCACAUUUCUAAAAUUAAAUCAUUAACUUUGGAUAAAAUUAUGCCACAAUGGAUACAUUGUAUAAAAGCUAUAGGAAAUGAUUUAUCCAAUGCAUAUUACUUGCACAAUUUGCCUCCUGAUGCAUAUAGGCCUAAACAAGGAGAUUCUUCUGAGGUUAUGCAAGAUUGGAUCAAAAAUAAAUAUGAGAAAAAAUUAUAUGCCCCUUCUAAUAGGAAAGAACCAAGCCAAUAUUAUAUAGAAGGCAUUGAUCCAAGAAACAGUAUUAUGGUAUCUGCACUACCGAAUACUGAAAUGAGCAAAGGGAAUGAUGCUUCUAAGCCCCGAACAAAUGAACCAUCAAAUUUAAAAAAUGAAUCAAAUUCUGGAAAAAAAAAACAUAGCACUGGGUCUAGUGACAUGUUUAGUUCCCUACGAAUUAUGGACAACUAUAAAGUGGGAUCCCCAAAAGAAAAUAAAAAGAAUAAUGAUUAUGCAAAAAAAAAUGAUGACUUUAUAGAUUUUAAUAAGGAUAUGAUUCAUAAAGUUCAACCAAACAAUAAUAUUUAUUCCUUUGAUAAUUUAGAUUAUAAUGGAAUAGGAAUAAAAAAUAAACAAAAUAGUAAUAACAAUAAUAAUGCUAACUUUCGAACCUCUUAUUCUUUUAAUGAUUUUUCGAAUAUGAAUAGUGAGAGUUUUGAGGUAGGCCAUGAAAAAAAUUCAAAUAUUCAAAAUACAGAUAAUUUAAAAAAGAAAUUUGGUCAUACAAAUUAUUCAAAUAAUAAAAGGAUUAGUAGUAGCAAUAUAGAGUUAAACAUUCCCAAUUAUAAUUAUGACUAUAGUUAUGAAUAUAAUAACAAUCGUAGCAAUAAAAAUAGGAAUCCAAAAAGUUUUAGUAAUACAAUAGAAAGUUUAAAUAGUAAUGAAAAAAUAAAUUUACAAAAAUAUAAUGGAAAUAAAAAUUUUAGUAAUCAUAGUUCACUUUCAGAAAAGGAAUUAAGAAAUGCAAAAGUUCAGGCUGCAAAAAAAUGCAUUGCUAGACUGUUUGCUAAUUCAAAACAUAAUUCUCAAACUAAAAAAAAAACAUUAAACUCAAAUUUUAACAGUUACUAUACAAAUGAUAAUAGUAAUUAUUCAUUUAUGAAUGAUAUAAAUCCUGAAAAUAUAGACAAUUUUAAUUUUAAUAGAACAACACAAACAGAUAUUAUAAAUACUGGUGUAAAUGAAAAAAUAAAAUUAAAUAACAGAUUGUCAAAUUCAGAAAAAAAUACUCCCGUAAAAUAUCAAGAAAACGAUAAUCAAAAUAUUAACAUUUUUUAA